GCGUGUUUGGGGCCUCCCCGGCUCCCGUAGGAGAGCGCCGGCCGUAGCGGCGCCACGUCCCCUGCGGCGGCGGGAGAAAGAUCAGUUGGGCCUCGGGGCGGCUCCGGGCGGCCAUGGCCUUUACGUUGUAUUCGCUGCUGCAGGCGGCCCUGCUCUGCGUCAAUGCCAUCGCCGUGCUGCACGAGGAGCGCUUCCUCAAGAACAUUGGCUGGGGAGCAGACCAGGGAAUUGGUGGAUUCGGAGAGGAGCCAGGAAUUAAAUCUCAGCUAACGAACCUUAUUCGAUCUGUAAGAACGGUGAUGAGAGUGCCAUUGAUAAUAAUAAACUCAAUUGCCAUUGUAUUACUUUUAUUAUUUGGGUGAAGAACAGUGGGGGAAAUGGAGACUCAGAAGAAGAGAUGCCAGCAGAAGUUAUUACUUCAGUCAUUAUUGGAAUAUACAUGUCUUAGCUGGUCAUCCUUGCACUUGACAAAAAUGUAAACCUGACAAUAAAGCCAGAGUCCCUAUUUAUCUGAUUUUUUUAAAAAUGUUGCACUUAUAGUUUCAUUACAGAAAGAUUAGAUCAUCAGAGGCAGUAACUAUCCAGGAUUGGAAUACAUUUGAUCGCUACCUGUUAAUAAAAGUUCAUGCUAUGAUAAAGAUUGUUAAAAGGGUACAGGACUGUCACUUGUGUGGUUUUAGAGAUUUUUCCGCUCUCACUUCUCAGGGAUAAAUUUUUUUCAAGGUUUUGAAGUCCUUGUGACUUAGCUAUGAUGUGAGAGUGAUUAUCUUCCUACAUAAAAUUUAAAGGAUUUUUAAAAAGUAAUUACUACAUAUAAAAUGAUAAAUUGGUAAUUUGGAUAAUUUUACUUUGAACACUUUAUUUUGUCUGUAUAUCGUUUUGGCCAUGACAAAUUCAAAUUUAUAGCAACUAUUGAGCAAUACUCUCUGACUUCAGGGAGAAU